GCAUGUUUCCUAUCGAGACGAGAUGGCGAGUUGAGCUCACCGCGAUAUCUCCUGACCGUCUCGUACGCAUGAAGCGUUACGGUACGACAUCAUACAAGGAGCGGCUCACCGAAUGUUAAAGCGUCAUGGCGAGCCCAUCGCUUGAACUCACGCUCUCCGGUGAGCCCUUCGACCCCUUGAAGCAUCAUCUUACGGCGCUGACAGCUGACUCGGAUGGAAGAACUCUCGCGCGUCUGGUGGUGAGAAAGGAUCUAACCCGGCGUCGCGGUUAUUGCGAUGCCUGUGAGAGGGCGUCGAGAGUGGUUCGAACGGGCAUGGCCUUCGGUACAGCAGAGCGGGUGUUUUUUCGAAUUCAUCUGAAAUUCUGAAAACAUAUGUUCGGAGUGACUACUAGAAUAUGCGCUUCACGAUGUAGUUUC